ACCGUGACCAAAUCAGACAAGCUCCAUUGAUCUAUUCUUCGUCUCCACCGAUCCCUUAGUAAACCAACCAGCAGCAGCUCUUGGGUCACCUCUCCUCUCCCUGCUCCUCGAUCUAUCUAUCUCUAGGUUUCUUGAUCCACCGGUCUAGUCUAGUCUUUAGUGUGGCCAUGGCGAAGGUGCACCCGAACUUGGCCGUGCCGUCUCUGGGGAUGGCGGCCGCGGCGGCGGCCCGCGACGAUGAGCCGGUGACACUGACGGUGUGGCGCAAGUCGCUGCUCUUCAACUGCCGGGGGUUCACGGUGUUCGACGCCAGCGGCAACCUGGUGUACCGCGUGGACAUCUACGCGUCCGACUCCCGCGCCGAGGUGGUGCUCAUGGACGCCGCGGGGCGCCCCGUGCUCACCGUCCGCCGCAAGAAGGCCAUCAGCCUCAUGGGCGACCAGUGGCUGGUCUUCCCCGGCGAGGAGACGCGCGCGCCGCCGCUCUACGCGGUGAAGCGCACGCCGCAGUACAUGCGCGGCGGCGGCAAGUCCACGGCGCACGUGGCGGCGUGCGGGGGCGCCGCGGGCGGCGCGCGGUACGAGGUGGAGGGGUCGUACGCGCGGCGGUGCUGCGCGGUGUACGACGAGCAGCGGCGAGCGGUGGUGGAGGUGCAGCCCAAGGAGGCGGUGGGCACGGACGUGUUCCGGAUGGUGGUGCGGCCGGCGGGCAUGGACGUGUCGCUGGCCAUGGCCGUCGUGCUCGCGCUGGACCAGAUGCUCGGGAGGCCGGGGCUCCUCAGGAGCUGGUCCUCGUAGCGCCACUGAAACUGGGUUGCAUCCUUCAAUUUGCGCUCCCUUUUCUUCCAGUUUCCGACAUUGUUUGGGCCUGAGAGCAGAACAGCUCCUGUGCGCCCCCUUCUCUCUCCUUUUUUUCGUUUCCUUUUUGGAAACUUUCUCUUUGAUAUAUAUGAAGGUCUAUGUGCAUGGAAA